AGCUGCCUUGCUCAAUAUCUCUCCAAUAAAGUAUGACCGGGUGUUGGAGUGCAGCACAAAGGCCCUCGAGAUGUCGGUCGACAAUGUCAAGGCGAUGUUUCGACGUGGUCUGGCACUUUACCACCUUCACGACCAUGAGGCAGCAAUGUACAGUUUACAGAAGGCUCAACGUCUCUCCUCCCCACCAGAUCCAGCAAUCAAGAAAUACAUUUCAUUGUGUCAGCGAGCGAUGCAGGACUAUGACAAGAAGCAGAAAUUGAAGUACAGAGGUAUGUUUGAUAAACAUCCUGAACCCGUGUGACAUAAAUUAUUGAGGAUUGUCCAGUUUUCAGUAAUAUUACACACAUGUAUAACAUUACUGUUUGAUAUCUGUUUUGUCCUAAUAUUUCACCUUGUCAUUAAGGUAUGUGACGAAAUCGAAUUCAGACGUUCUUUAAUGCUUGUUGCUCUGAACAUACUCAAUAAGUUAUAUAUAGUGUGAUAUAUAUAUGUAACUGAGAGCUAGUAUUAGGUAUUAUUAGCACUUGACAUAACUGUAAAGUAUAACUGUAAACAUUAUUACAAAUAUGUGCGGUAGGCUUAGUAAUGAUUUAGUACUCAGAAUUAUGCAUUGUAAUAAAGGUUCAUGAAUUAAAUAUCAAACUAGAUGUACAGUGUUUACUGGGAAUUAUGUUUACCAGAUCACAAACUUCAUUAUUAUAUACCAAGUAAGUGGCACAACUUCUGACUCAAAAUUAUUGCUGGAUUCUUAUUUUAGAAACGCGCUUGUCGCUACUGUAAUUUUUUUUGUUUGUAUAAAUGUAAAAUUAGCAUUAAUUUUAUAUGUAAAAUCUUAGGAAAAUGUAAAUUAUAAUAUUGUGACAGGGUGUUCUGAAUCUUACACUAAAAAUAGUAACACUGUA